CGCUGAACUUUGAAACUUUUACUGAUUUAAAACUUUGGUCAAGGGAGGACAGAGGGAGUUCUGGCAUGAAGUGAUAAAAAGGGGUCAGUCGUCCAUCUGGUCCUGCUUGCAGAGGGAUGAUCCUGUGCAGUGGUCGACUUUUAUCACCUCUGGGUGCGAUGGGAACGCAUUAAGAGAUCUUGAUUUACGAGACUCCGCUCUACUCUCGAUGCACUCAGGACAUUUGGUCAAAGCGAAUUUAACCUGUUUCAGCUUGUAGAGUGAUGUGGAGUCAGAUUGAUUACAGGGGAUUGAUAUUUAUUCUCUGAUGAAGCAGUAGUCUGAGUAUCGUGAUCACCGUUCUCCUGUUACAAAACGGUCUGUUCCCACAGUCAAAAGUGCAGGAAAAGGGUUCUGUUUUUGUUUUUUUUCUGAGAUGUGCCUACAGUGAAACCAACUUAUUUAUAUAUGCAGUCUCCCAUGACGCCUGGCUGUGAUCCUGAUUCUAAAAUUCCCACUGUUACUUAAAAAAGGAAGCCAGAAUGAGAACUUUGACAUCUUAAACUACCUCACCGCUCAACCUUUUCAUCACUUACGCAUUUCUGCUCUAUUAUAAAGAUGUAUAACAAUGUCUUUCCAUGAGUCAUCCUGCCAUUUUUAAUCUAUAGCAUGUGUCAUGACAUACUCUGUGAUUGAUUGACCCAGUCUGGUGACUAAAAGGAAAGCCGUCUCCAGUGAUUGCCUUUUCAGAGGUAAUCAAGUAUACAUCAAUUGUGCUCUGUUGACUCUGUCUGAGCUACUCAGGCAGGUUCUCGUGAAGGCUGGUUUUGAUCAGCCGUCAGCGGAGCUGAUCACUGUAUUCGCUCCGGCCGUUCACACCUUCGUAAAUUAAACCAUCUUGACAAUCUGUCGAGGAGAAACGCUUUUUUGCGGCCCCUGAACUAGUGAUCAAGCAUAUUUCUGGAUGGCUGCCCAAUAUCACCUAAUUAAGCCUUUAAAAAACCCCAUCUCCCCUGGGUUUGGGUCAGCCCGUCACACGUUUAAAACUGAUGACCUAAAAGCCUGCCGUCCUGACGAGACGUCUCUUUCUCUCCCCCUUCCCCAUGUGUCAGACUCCUCACCGGCAGAGAGCGGCAACAUGAACGCUACCGGCCACCUGGCAGCGGGGAGCCUGUGCGCCAUAUGUGGAGACAGAGCCACUGGCAAACACUACGGGGCCUCCAGCUGCGACGGCUGCAAGGGCUUCUUCAGACGCAGCGUCCGCAAAAACCACAUGUACUCGUGCAGGUUCAACAGACAAUGCAUUGUGGACAAAGACAAGCGAAAUCAGUGCAGAUACUGCCGACUGAAGAAAUGCUUCAGAGCUGGCAUGAAGAAAGAAGCCGUGCAGAACGAAAGAGACAGAAUCAGCACCAGGAGAUCCAGCUAUGAAGACAGCAGUUUACCAUCCAUCAACGCACUCAUCCAGGCAGACGUGCUGUCAAGACAGAUCACCUCCCCUGCUCCUAUACUGAACGGCGACAUAAGGACCAAAAAGAUCGCCACCAUCACGGAUGUGUGUGAGUCCAUGAAGCAGCAGCUGUUGGUGCUGGUGGAGUGGGCCAAGUACAUCCCAGCCUUCUGUGACCUGCCCCUGGAUGACCAGGUAGCUCUGCUGCGAGCUCAUGCUGGAGAACAUCUCCUGCUGGGUGCUGCAAAGAGGUCCAUGCUUUACAAAGAUAUCCUCCUAUUAGGAAAUGACCACAUCAUUCCCAGAAACUGCCCAGAGUUGGAGGUGGGCAGGGUGUCAGUGAGGAUCCUGGAUGAGCUGGUGCUUCCCUUCCAGGAGCUUCAGAUAGACGACAAUGAAUAUGCCUGCUUGAAAGCCAUAGUUUUCUUUGACCCAGAUGCUAAAGGUCUGAGUGACCCUGGAAAGAUCAAGCGGAUGCGAUACCAGGUCCAGGUCAGCCUGGAGGACUACAUCAACGACAGGCAGUACGACUCUCGAGGCCGCUUCGGGGAGCUGCUCCUGCUGCUGCCGACGUUACAGAGCAUCACCUGGCAAAUGAUCGAGCAGAUCCAGUUUGUCAAACUCUUUGGCAUGGCCAAGAUCGACAACCUGCUACAAGAAAUGCUUCUUGGAGGUUCUGCCAACGAAGCUCCACAUGCACCUCACUCUCUGCACCCUCACCUGGUGCAAGAGCAUCUCAGCACCAAUAUUAUAGUGGCCAGCAACAUGCCAACGCCGAUCCAUAAUGGUCAAAUCUCCACUCCUGAAACCCCAAUCCCGUCUCCGCCUACUGCCUCCAGCUCAGAACAUUAUAAAAUGGCUCAGGGGGUCAUAGCCACCGCGCCCAAGCAGCCAACCUCCAUCCCUCAGCCCACCAUUACAAAGCAAGAGGCCAUCUGACAACCCCUCUGAAUCCUUAUCCCUUCAGUUUUUUUUUAAAAAUGCCUUAAACCAGGGUCCUUGUAUGUAAGUUCAUACACAAUCAGCAUUGAAGCUGUUAAGUUGACUGAAACAAUAAAGUAGCUAAAUCUAUAGAAUGUAAUUGCAGUUGUGUCCCUUGCAGAUUGUUCAGGGGUUCUUUAUGUUCUAACAUGCAGCUGUAGUUGAGCUCCACAGCUCAGCGAAAGCCAGACAAAACUACAAGCAUUGAAACGUUCCAGGCAAACUGGUGUUUUGUAAGAUCGACAAUUAGAAAAACGUACAUUACUGUAUAUAAAUAGUUUAUUACUGGGUAAACAUCGCUUCCUUUAGCAUGGUGUGUGCAGUACGGCUUUUGUUAGACAUGGUGAUGUGAUCAUGUCAGUACUAUAUGAAUGUUACAACAGGCCUUACAUUGUCAUGUAUUUAGUGUUGCACAGUAUUUUAUUUUAUGUUCAUUAGUGAUGAAAUGGUUUCAGUCAUGAACUCGGAAAACGUCUUUUUUCUCAACGCUAAAGGAGAGGAUCUCAGCUUUUUGGGGUCUUAAAUACUCUGUGACAAGACUUAAAUAUCUGCGGUUCCUUUUAUAUGCUGGAAAAUGCAUAUUUACAGUAGUAAAAUGUAACAUGCUAAAAUUUACACCAAGAAAUUUUGGUACAUAUGGUGAACUCGGUGGUGCCACUUUGUAAUAGUCACAAGCAGACACACUGAGGAAGUUUCCCAAUAACAUGUUGUAUUGGUUUUUAAAAAUAUAUAUUAUAUUUUUUGUUUAGUACUUUGUCAUGGUUUAACUGAUGGAAUAAAUUGUGCCUUGUAACCUGUACUGCCUUUAAAAAACAGGCAAUGUUUUGCCUUACAAUGUGAACAUGA